AUGAACGGCCUGUUGUUUAUCGUGGUUCUGAGUCUCCUGGCUGUGGGUUAUGCCAGGGACCAGGAAGCAGAACUUGCAAUCCCAAGAUGCGAAAAAGGUGAUCAUACUAAGAGGGGGUUCGAGGGCUACUCCCACGGUGAAAUUUUGAUGGCUAAGUGUUCGGAAAUGGCACGAAAUACUACUUACACUUUUUCUUUGAUAACUAACAGUAAUGUAAGUUUUAUACUUUUAGCUAUUUCAAUAUCCUGAGAGGAGGCUAAACAGUCCUAUUUUCACAUUGUCUCAUUCAAGGACUGGACAACGUUUUGACUUUUCAAGCUGCCUUGUCCCCGCCGCGUCUCGCCUUUCUCGCGUGGGGCGAUUUUCACGCGCGCUCGCGUUUCGCUCGCUCUACUAUUCCUGAGGAAAAAUGAGGACUACUUGUAAUCUACUCGUGAUCACUUUCUGGGGGAUAUUUGAGUUAAUAAGCCAUGCACUUCCUCCAGUAAGGAUCAGUUAACUGUUUUAAUUUCAAAAUUUGGUCAGUGAAGAAAAAAAAGAGAGACAUAAACUUGCAUAUGGUUCUUAGGAAUUCAACUUUAGGAGGGUUCGCCUAAAUUUGACAAAGUUAGUUACUUGGAGUAAUCGCGAUGAAGACUGAAAGAACGCGAUUUCAAUUUUUCAGCGACGUUUUCUCUGCCGUCGCCGUCCUUGGAUCUUAAGGUCCCUAUUAUAGCAAUUUUGUACUCGGCUCCCGAUGUGAAAUUUUAUUUUCGCGCCAAAAUUAAGGAGUAAUUUGCCACCAAUGAUGUUGCCUUUUAUUUCCUUCAUUGUUUCCUUGAUUAAGACGCUUUUCAUUCCAAGUUUGAAGUUAUAAUAGAGUACACUACACGUAUCACAAAUGGUAAGAAUACACAGAGCAGCAUAACGAAACUGGACCAUUAUUUUUGGAGUUCAAUCGAUGCGAAGACACGUUUCAGCUUUUUAAAAAAGUUAGCAAUUAGGAUGGCAUAGUUUCUUAGCAAGAUAAUUAUAUGUUCGUAGGCGUACCUUGGCCUAGACCCCAGACCUCGUUAUUGCACACCGGCUGAUGCAUUUCGGGUCACGUGGUCCGAGCGAUUUUUUCGUCAGCUAAAUGUAUUAACCGAGAGGGCCUGGAAAGACGCCGACAGGGACUAGGCAAAGCGUACGCAAUUAGGGUUUUGUAGGUUGAAUUUAGACUCCUGGCCGCGGGGGAGGGCUGAGGUAGGCUUUCAGAAGACAUUUGAAAAGGUAUCGGAAGGACAGAGAACUAUGUAAGCCAACUGAUAUCCUUAUUUUCCAACUCAAUUCGCUGUAAUAUGCAAUGAAUUAAUAAUUAUUUUUUCACAACAGUUUUUUUGAGCAGUUUCUCAUCCGCGAAAAAUGUGAAAAAUGCUUAUGACAAGGUUCGUCGUUUUCCAAACCUUAUUUCAUUAGAAAGACUUACAAGGAAAAUUAUGUUUUGUAUCUCGGUUUAGUUUGUCCAGUGGGCUGGGUUGAAAACGGAAAUCAGUGCUACUUUAUACUCCACGAAAAAAAGGAAGCAUUUGUGGGACUUUACCUAUGCAAGCAACUAGGAGCAAGCCUGCCAAUCAUCAAAUCAGCCGAGGAGAACGCCUUCCUUGUGAGUCUGACGGAGGGAAAAGGUGAUCCAUGGCUUGGAAUGAUAGGACCCAACGGCGACAACGUCUUUGAAUGGCUCGACGGGACUACUGUGGCCUUCUCUGCAUGGAAUACCGGUGAGCCUAACGAUCCUGGAUCAGAGAACUGUGGGACGAUGUACGUCAGCGGAAGUGGCAAAGGAAAGUGGAAUGACGAACCCUGUUCGAAUCCCCGAGUUAUUGUUUGCCAGAUGGAGAAGAAAUGA